AUUUAUUAGUUAGAUAUUAAUCCUUUUGUAAACGGCAAUUUUUUUGUGUCUGUUUUAUUAUAAUGAGUUUAAUGACAAAAUUGUGAAAAAAAUUAAUAGCAUUUUUCAAUUUUCAUUGUCAAUCAUUAAAAAUCAAAUGAAUACCACCGAGGAUCAGAAUACAAAUGUCAAUCAUCAUCUUCAUCAUCAUCAUCAUCAACAUCUUCAACAUCCUUUUCAUUCUUAUCCACCGGUAACAUCGACAUCGAUACAGCAAUCAUCCACACAACAACAACAACAUAUGACAAUUAUGAAUCAAAUUGUUCCGGGUAUACAUCAUCAUCCAUAUCUACAUACACAAUCUACUGAUCCAACAUCAUCAUUUAUAGCGGCAGCAGUAGCAGCAUCAGCUGCUGCUGCAGCUGCUUCAUCACAUCCUCAUCCAUAUAAUCCAGCAACAAUUUUUCUAUCACCAACAGCCGAUUCAUCACCAUCAACACCAUCGACAACAAUAUCAACAUUUCCGUUACAGACGGCACAAUUGUAUCCAACAUCGAUUGCAGCAACACAGCAAUCAUCACUUCAGCCAUCGCAUACAUCGGGCCAUCCUACAAUUGUUGAUUUAUCUCAAAUAUCAUUGGAUCAAUUAUUGGAUCAUACACCGAAGUUAUUAACAGAUCAUCUGAAUGCACAUCAUCAUCAUCAUCAUCACCAUCAGACAAGUUUGUUACAUGAAUCACCACAAACAUUCGGUUUGACAACACAACCGACGACUACAACAACAAUGCCUACUGCUGCUACAUCACAACCACCAAUAAUUGAUUUAUCAUCAUUAACUGGAAAAAUCGAUGGAUUGACACCAUAUCAAGGCAAGAAACGAUGUUUUGGAGAAUUCAAAUGUCCAUCUUGUCAUCGUAAAUGGAUGUCCGGUAAUUCAUGGGCAAAUAGUGGACAAAUGUGUGUACGUUGUCGAAUAAUGGUAUAUCCACAUAAACAGCGUCCCUUGGAUAAACCAGAUGGUCUAGAUGUUAGUGAUCAAAGCAAAGAACAUCCACAACAUUUAUGUCAGAAAUGUACACAACUUGGUUAUUAUUGUCGACAAAGAAUUCAGACUGAUUCCAGUUCUCCCAUUUCGAACGCCGAUGAUGAUACCAACAUCAGCGAUUCUAUUGCCGAUAUUCAGCCAUCUAUUGUUGAUGAAGUGAAAAUUUGAUUGAAAAGAAUUUGAUAUAGGAAUUUAAAAAAUUAUUACAACUUUUUUUUGAGAAAAUUAUAAAAAUUGGUUAAAAUUAAUUUUUUUUUUUUUGAAAAACGUCAUGUCGCCAUCUUGUGAUGAGAACUAUAACUCGUUUUUCGAUGAUUAGUCAUUAGAUGGGAGUAAAAGCAGCGUUUCAAUUUCGAAUAUCAUUUCGUCAAUAUAAACAGCCACACAGAAUUCAAAGGAACAACAAAAAUUUAUUUACUUUUAAAAUUAAUUAAACUUUUUUUCGCGAAUAAAGAAAGAAAUGGAAGAAAAAAAAGUUGUGAGAAAUAUGGUCCAAAUGAAUCAAGAACAGUGUAUUUGUGUGUAUAGGAACUUUUCUUUGUUUCAAAUCUCACCAGACAAGAAUGUUUAAAGGCCAUAUUUUCUUCUUUCGUUUUUAAUAGACAUAACGUAUAAUAAUAAAUGACUGCAAAUUUAUCACAAAAAAAUAUAAAAUAAAAUGUGUUCGUAUUUAGAAGGAAUAAAAAGUUUAUCUUCAUUUUUAUAUUUCCAAAAAAUCCAGACUAUUCUUUUAUGAAAGAAAAAGCUGUGGAUUUUUUUGCAUUUGUUUGAAAAAAAAAUUUAAGAAAAUUCCAAAAAAGUUUCUUGACUUGAACCCAGUCGUAUUUUUCUAAUUAGAUUUUUUUGUUUGUCAUUCAUUCAUUUUGAAUUCAAAUGCAUAAAAAGGAAGAAUGAAUUCAAGAAUGAAAAAAGAAAACAUUUUGUAUUCGGUAAAUGUUUGCACCGUUUUAAAAUUCCCCGCAGACGGAACCAAUAAAUGAAAGUAUCCGAAUUUCCAAGGAUAUUUGUUUUCUUCUUUUUUUCCCAAUUGCUGUCUUCACCCAUGAAUUCAUCAUCCGUUUAUUCAUUCAUUUAUUAGAAUUUCAAAAGAAUUUUAAUUGACUAACCGGAGAUGUUUGCUAUUAGUGAAUUACAUGAUUCUAUAUGGCCAUAAUAAAUUUCCUUCACCAAUAAAAAUACAAACACAAUCAAAGAAUUAAAUUUUCCGCCUAGAUAGUCAAAAAGAAUCUGGUCAUUUCAAUGGAAUUUCAAAUUGAAUUCAAUGACGACGUUUAAGGAAGCAAUUUGAUUGAUUUUUUUCUUCUUCUUCCUUGUAUGUUUUUAAAUUUGUGUAAUUUUUUGCUGUUCAAUAGCAGUUGAAAUCUUCAUCAAUCGAUCAUUGACUGAAUUACGAAUCGAUUUCAUUCGUAACAUUAGCAAUUGAUCUUCAUGUUGUUGUUUUUGUUGCUGUUGAUCAUCCCUUGCGGUCAAUUUGAACAUGUCACUAGUCGAUUUAAAGUUAUUUUCCAAAAUUCGAUUUGUUUGCCCAUAUAAUGAUGAUGAUGAUAAUGGCAGUGUUCUUAACCACAAAUCAUCAUCAUCAUCAUCAACAUGAUUGACUGAUGAU